AAAAUGAAAAGCGAGGAGCUCGCCGGAGCCGGGAGCUCGCAAUGUCAGCGUGGCGGCUGCGUGCCUGUGCCGUGCCUUCCUUGCCGGCGCGCUGUCUCUCCGCGGAGCGGCGGCUCCGGCUCCGCUCCCCGCUCUCCUCUCUCGCUCUCUUCUCUUUCCCCCUCUCUCGCUCUCUCUCUUCCCCCCUCCCUUUCUCGCUCUCUCGCUCUCCCUCUCUCUCUCUUACACUGCCAGCCCCUGAUGUGAUGGCGAAGAAACCCCGUUGACAAGGCACUGCUUUUUCAUGACGUUGUCAUGGAUGAUGACGACGAUGAAUCCUGUCUCCUUGAUCUUAUUGGGGAUCCACAGGCACUGAAUUAUUUUCUACAUGGACCUAGUAGUAAAUCUAGCAAUGAAGACUUGACUAAUGCAGAUUAUUCUGUAGCCAACUCAAAUUCAAUUUUCGCCAACUCCAAUAACACUGAUCCUAAGUCAUCUGUAAAAGGUGUAAGCAGUCAGCUUGGAGAGGGGCCUAGUGAUGGACUGCAACUGUCUAGUAGCCUUCAGUUUCUUGAAGAUGAACUUGUAUCUUCCCCUUUACCUGAUCUUAGUGAGGAUCAGCCUUUUGAUAUUCUUCAGAAGUCCUUACAGGAGGCCAAUAUUACUGAACAGACUUUGGCAGAAGAGGCAUAUUUGGAUGCCAGUGUAGGUUCUAGCCAACAGUUUGCACAAGCUCAGCUUCAUCCUUCUUCAUCAGCAUCCUUUACUCAGGCUUCUAAUGUUUCUAAUUACUCAGGUCAGACGUUGCAACCUAUAGGAGUUACUCAAGUGGUACAGCAACCUGUUGGAGCAUCUUUUGCAAGCAAUACUGUUGGUGUGCAACAUGGCUUUAUGCAACAUGUCGGAAUUAGUGUUCCCAGCCAGCAUUUGUCUAAUAGCAGCCAGAUUAGUGGUUCUGGGCAGAUACAGCUAAUUGGUUCAUUUAGUAAUCAGCCUUCCAUGAUGACCAUUAAUAACCUUGAUGGAUCUCAGAUUAUACUGAAAGGCAAUGGUCAGCAAACACCUGCAAACAUGAGUGGUGGCCUCUUGGUUCAUAGACAAACUCCAAAUGGUAACUCACUGUUUGGCAACUCAAAUUCAAGUCCAGUAGCACAACCUGUAACUGUUCCAUUUAACAGCACAAAUUUUCAGACGUCAUUACCUGUCCAUAAUAUCAUCAUUCAAAGGGGUUUAGCGCCAAACUCCAAUAAAGUUCCCAUUAAUAUUCAACCAAAGCCUCUCCAGAUGGGUCAGCAAACUGCUUACAAUAUGAAUAACUUGGGAAUACAGCAGCAUCAUGUACAACAAGGGAUUCCUUUUGCUUCUGCAAACUCACCUCAGAAUUCAGUGGUUGGUCCUCAUAUGUCUGUUAAUAUUGUUAAUCAACAAAGUACAAGAAAAUCAGUUACACCUCAGACAGUUAGCAAUGCUGGAGGUAGUAUUGUUAUCCAUUCUCCUAUGGGACAGCCUCAUACACCUCAAAACCAGUUUCUCAUACCUACAAGUUUGUCUGUUAAUUCUAAUUCAGUACAUCAUGUCCAGGCCAUAAAUGGACAGCUUCUUCAGACACAAUCUUCCCAGCUGGUUCCUAGCCAAGUAUCUGCUGAGCAUGUUAUGCUGAACAGGAACUCUACAAACAUGCUAAGGGCCAACCAGUCAUAUUCAGGACAGAUGCUGAAUAAUCAGAACACAGCUGUUCAGCUAGUUUCUGGCCAGACAUUCACAGCUCCUGGAAGCCAAGUUAUAGUAAAUCAUGGAUCUUCUCAAAUUGUUGGUGGACAGGUGCCACUGCAACAGGCGUCGCCAACAGUGUUGCAUUUAUCACCAAGUCAAGCUAAUGUUUCUCAAGGUAGAUCUAGUUUUACGACGAUGUCACCUGGGCAGUCUACAGUAUCAAAUAUGUCAGCUUCUAAUAGAUUUGCUGUUGUAAGUUCUUCUGGUUCAGUACAUCCUAGCCUGGGACCACCAAUUCAGUCUGUCGCAUCAGGAGGAAACUUCACUGGAGAUCAGCUCACACAGAACAGAACUCAAGUCUCUGUCAGUGCAUCGCAUCGUCUUCCAGCAUCCUCUUCCAAAGCUGUCAGCACCUUUAGUCACACAUCAGUUGGAGUAACACAACAACAGUUCGCUUUUAGUCAGGCACAGAAAAAAUCUAUGAACCAGACAUCACCAGUCUCUGCAUCAAAGACACAGGAUAAUUUGAGACAGCCUCAGCUAACAAGUCUUCUGAGUAACACAUUAUCAGGACAGGACUCGGGAGGAAAAAUAAUACCACAGUCUCUAGGAACAGCACAGCUACAAGAAAAAGUGAUGGGAUCGUCUCCUGUUCAGCAGAAUAUACAGAUGGAUGGUCAUAUCGUUGGACAGAAACGGCCUGCAGCUAAACAGUUAACUAAAGGAGCUUUUAUCCUACAACAAUUACAGAAGGAUCAGGUGCAGGCUGUGACACCGGAUAAAACUCAAUUCAGAUCAGUAAAUGAUGCAGUUCAGAGACUCCUUUCAUAUCAUGUGUGCCAGGGAUCCCUGCCAACAGAGGAAGACUUAAGAAAAGUGGACAGUGAAUUUGAAUCUGUAGCUACACAGCUUCUGAAGAGGACACAGGCUAUGCUGAACAAGUACAGGUGUUUGCUUCUAGAAGAUGCAAUGCGGAUAAAUCCCUCUGCUGAAAUGGUUAUGAUUGAUAGGAUGUUUAACCAGGAAGAAAGGGCAUCUCUGUCCCGGGAUAAGCGUCUUGCACUAAUGGAUCCUGAUGGUUAUCAGGCUGAUUUUUGUUGUUCUGCCAAACAAUUUGAUAAAACAGCUGAUGAAGCACAGGCCAGCAAAAGUGACCAUCAAUCUAGCAAAACGUUAACUUCUCGAAAUCAAACGGCAAAGAUCCAAGCCAGAGACCGACCAAAAUCCAGCUCAGCAGAGUCCACGAAUCACAAUAAACUUCCUCUAGUGCCUAACAACAUUUUAACACCACAAGAAGGAAUGAUUUCUACUAAAAAAUCGGAGCGCCUCACUAAAGCUUUAAAGUUUGAGAAGGCUAAUUGUUCUCCGGAGAGGCAACAUGUGGCCCUUCCUGAAGAAAAGAUGGCUGGCAAAGAUCUUGCCAAAUCCACUGAGAAUUCUUCAAGUUCUGAAGACUUGUCAAAAACUCUGUCAAGAGCCAGUCAUGGAACACACAAUAGAAUAUCAAGGAAUACAGUUCAGUCUUACUCAAAAGUAACAUGUAAUAAUUCCCUCCAAGACAAAACUCUGAGGAGCUCUCCAAAGAAUGAAGUUUUACAUCCUGAUAACAUGAAAGGCUCUGGUGAACCUCAGCAAGACUUACUGCUCAAUAAGAGUUUAGAAACUACAUUUAAAAACAUCUUGGAACUUAAAAAAGCUGGGAGACAGCCACAAAGUGAGGCAACUAGUAGUGGCUCUGUUGAAUUAGAAUUUCCUAAUUUUUCACCUAUUGCUUCACAGGAAAACUGCCUGGAGAAAUUUAUUCCAGACCACAGUGAAGGUGGUGUAGAAACUGACUCUAUUUUAGAAGCAGCUGUAAAUAGUAUCUUAGAGUGUUAAUAGUUACAGUACAAUGGACAAGUUAUGUUUCUCUUAGUAGAAGCAAAUGUGAAUGACACCACAAGUACAGCCUGACAUACAUUUAAGGUUAACCUUUCUAAACUAGAUUCUGUUCUGUGUUGGAGAGCAAUACUCAUUGUGGUUACAGUGAGAUAUCCAAGUAAAGUUAAUCCUUGUUAGAAUGCAGUCUGUUAGGGCCUUAUUAUUUCAAGUAUUAUUAUCAUAGUGCUUUUGAUAAUUGUGCAGUACUGCAAUGUAACAACGUUGCAGGUCAUUAGGCCCUGUAUAAUACAGUAAUAUACUGACAAUCACAGUCACUUGAAAGGAUAUAUUUAUUACAAAAAUGUUUUUAAAAAGUGAUGGAAGCAACAAUUUUCCCCUACCCUUCUCUUCCAUGAACCAUCAAAUUUUAAUUUUUUUGGAAAACCCACUGUACCUCUCUUCAGAAGUGAUUUGCUUUAGUAAUGAAUCUAUCUGUUUUAGGAGUUGGAAGGAUGUCAUCAAUGUGUUUACAAGGCUUCAUACUUCAAACUUAAAGUGCUUUUCUAUUGCUUUCUGAGCAGAAACUAGUGCUUGAUUGAAAUGUUUGUAGUGGGUAUAUUUAGUCUGUGGAAUGAUACCAUAUGAUCUUAGUCACAGUGGCAUGAUAUGAAGUAAUAAAUGCUUGACUAAGGAAGGUAGAAUGGAAGCCAGUAAGUGGCAAAAGUGUACAGGAUGAGGCCAUGAUAGAGCCAUGAAUUUAUAUAUAUAGUACGUAUAUAUGUUAACUCUUGAGGAAAAGAUUUUGCAUUUUAUAAUUGGAUGUAGUCAGCAUUGAGUCUUUCUGAAGUGGUAUAAAUGUUUUUUUAUUUGGUUUUUUUAGACCAAGUGUCAAAAGCACUUUUAUUUGAAAACUGUUACCAUAUUAGUAGCUUAUAUUUUAAGAGGACAUUAGCCUUACUCUGUUUAAAUUUGAAGGCCAUUUUUUUUUCUUUCUUUUCUUUUUCUUUUCUUUUUUUUUGUUUUUUACUCUCAAAAAAUGUUAAAUCAUCCACCAUAGCAGUCAUAAUUACUGAGAUACGUACAGACCAAAGUCGAUCAGCAAUCCCAUUAGUAAAACAUAUCUAAAAGAGUGUAAUUAUUAAUUCAUAUUCUAGAGCCAAAUGAAACCAUUGCAUGGUUUGUAUUUGGCUGCUGUCAUGUUGAUAAGAUAGAAUCUUAUUAUUUUAUUUAUUUAUUUUAAUCUAUGACAUCUUUCUUUUUGAUGCCCAUGCUGCUUUUUACUAGUUUACUUUGGUCAUCAGUGCUGUUGUGCACAUAAGUACGCUGACAUUAGUCACGUGCGUGUAGUACAUAUGUCUGCUCAGGAGGAUAUAGCUUUUGUGAUUCCUAAGGUAUGCUCAUGUUGUCUCCCAGACCUUUCCCACAGUUUCUUAGAAAAAUUACUAUUUUUCAGACUUCCUGAUUGCCAUUUUCAUAAGCAUUUUCAUAGAGGAUAAUUUUCACAGGCUGUGGUUGUCAGUUAGCCAUGAAAGAAAAGAAAAGGUAAAGUCUUGCUAUCAUGUAAAUCAGUCCAUCUAAAUACUGCAAAAGAAAGCAGGAUUAGAUCCUUGUGACAGUAGAAAAUUACAGUGCAAACUCGGUAUUGAGUUAUAGUCUACUGUUUGACCAUUGAAGGAAACCAAAUCUAGAAAGCAGCGUGAGAAAGAAACUUAACUUAAAGCUCAUUUCCCCUUGAACAUAAAUGGAUAUGCUUUUUUUCUGUAUGUUAUGAAUUGCCAUUUAAAAAAUUGUGCCAAUUUAAAAGUACAUAUUUGUAAAAACCCAGCAUUCCCAAGUGUUGUAUAAAAUAUUCAAAGUAAUAAUAAGUAUUGCCAGUUUUAAAUUUCUAGUUAGGUGUCAAUAGAAUAGACUUGCAGGCAGUUAGCUGUUUUCUUAUUGGCAAAACUGACAAUAUAGUCUUCACCUAUUGCCUUUUUAGAUUUAAUAAUCUGCUUAUAGCUGUGUAUCCUGAUGCAUCUGUAUUUUAUGAUCUUGGAAAUAAUUUAGGAAGGAAAACAGUACGUUACACAGCUAUAUGGUGACUAGUUAAAAUUUUCUUUUAUAGGAAAAAGGUUGCACAUUCAUUGAUCAGCUUGUUUUUGUACCACCUCAAAAUGGGUAGGAGGUUUCCAGCAUUUGUACAACAAAUAGGUAAUUGAAGUAUCAGACUAUGUGUCUUCUAUUGAUUUUUAUUUUGGGAUAGGGGACAAUGGCAUAUAAAAGGACAAAUUACAAAAAGUAAUCACUGUUGAUUUGGUCAGAUGUAUUCCUCUGAACUACUUAGGAGAGGAACCCAUUGAACAAUUCUAGCAAGAUUAAUCUUAGGUUGUUAAUGUUCUGUUGUUCACUCCUUUUGAAUUCAAUUCUAAAGGAAUUUUGGUACGUGUUGAAGCAGUAAAUGAAAGAAUUGUAUUUUUGUUGUGCUUAGAAAAUAUGAAUUUAUUAAUCAUAUGGGCUCAAAUCCAGCAAAGUAUUGUGAAUGUGCAUGAUUUGAAACGUUUUCAUUAUUUUGCUGGGUCAGCAUUGUGAUUUCAAUGUUAUUUAAUAUUGCCUAAUAUUAAAACAAAUUUUAAACUGGCAAUUAAGAAAAUAUGUUCAUUUUGAAGAUCUUAGUAUAAUUUAUCUGUUAGAUUAGGGAGGCCUUACAGACUGACUUCACUUAAAGAGGAUGUGUCACUUAUUGUCAGUGUGGUAUGGACUUUAUUUGCUUAAAUACCUUCAUUUGUAAAGUAUGUCUCACUUGAAAUUGCUUUGUAUACAUUUUGUAAAAAUAUUUAUAAAAUGUUUUGUAAAAAAAAAAGUAUAACAAAUUGCAGUUUAUUUUGUUAUGUUGGAUAAAUACUGUUAAAAGACACAAGUCAGUAAAUAUAUUGUUAAUCCAUGGAUAGGAAAUGUUCAGUUGGAGAUUACAAAUUGAAACAACCAUUGCAAUACAGCCAAAGAUUUGGGAAAAAUGUGUAUCUGUGAUUGUCUUGAUUUAACCAAUUUGAAUAUUUACAUUUCCAAAAGAAGAUUGUUCUCAGUUUUAAUAAUAUGGUUGCAAAAUAUUCUUCUGUGCUUUUUAUAAUGC